CUCCCUCUCUCAAAACUAAAUAAACAUUAAAAAAAAUUUUUUUUUAAAACCAGUUCUUGAUUUUUAAACUAUAAUAUAAUCUAAAAUCAGAGGAGUAUACCCAAAUAAUUUGCUUAGAUAUGGAUAUCAUUAACAAAGGUGGACACAGACUGCCUCUUCAAGAAAACAGGAUUAAUGCUUAAACAUCUUCACGGUCAGUACUCAGAAUAAGUCCCCGCAGUGAAAGAGAAACCUCCCUGCGUCCCCUCCUGUGUCGAGAAAGCGUCAGCCUGCUGCUGCUGCUCCUGGCCUCUGCUGUCCCGCUGCUGCUGUUACGCUCGCCGCACUGUUGACACUUCCCGUCACGUUUGCCAGGAGCUGGGGGUGUGUCACAGCACACAAGCCCCCAGGACACCAGCGGGUGCCACACAGCUCGAUUCUGGCACUGUCCCCCUGGAGACCCGAGGUGGACCGCCCACCCACUGCAUUUUUUUUUAAUGUUUAUUUUCUUGUUUAUUUUUUUUAUUUUUUUUCAUUUUUGAGAGAGAGAGAAAGAGCAUGAGCAGGGGCGCGGCAGAGGGGGGGCAGGAUCUGCAGCGGGCUCCGUGCUGACAGCAGUGAGCCCGAUGUGGGGCUGGAACUCCUGAAGCAUGAGAUCGUGACGUGAGCCGAAGGCGGGUGCUUCACCAGCUGUGCCCCCCACGCGCCCCUGUGCCCCCCACUUCAGAUUCCAGCCAGAGCCGUGGGUCCUCGAGCUCCCCACAACCUCCGUCUGCCUGGGCCACCAGUCAGAGGCUCCCACAGCCCCCUCCUUGGGUUCGGCUGAUUUGCCAGCGUGGCUCACAGAACUCAGACACUUGUGCUAAAGGAGACCAGAGAGGAUGCAGGCUUCUUGCGUCCAGUACCGCUUAGUGGUCCGGGAUGUGCACACCCUCCAGAUCCUUCACCUGUACACGUGCCUGGACCAGAUCCAGCACAUCGAGUGGUCGGCGGACUCCCUCUUCAUCCUGUGCGCCAUGUACAAGCGGGGGCAGGUUCAGCUUGACGCGCGUGCGCUCAUGUGUUGUGGGUCUGCGUUUCUGUCCGUUGCGAAUCCAGGUGUGGUCCCUGGAGCAGCCGGAGUGGCACUGCAGGAUCGACGAGGGCUCGGCCGGGCUGGUGGCCUCCUGCUGGAGCCCCGACGGCCGCCACAUCCUCAACACAACCGAGUUCCACCUGCGGAUAACUGUCUGGUCCUUGUGCACAAAGUCCGUGUCUUACAUCAAAUACCCCAAAGCCUGUCAGCAGGGGGUCUCCUUUACCCGGGACGGCCGCUACAUGGCGCUGGCGGAGCGGCGCGACUGCCAGGACCACGUGAGCGUCUUCGUCUGCAGCGACUGGCAGCUCCUGCGGCACUUUGACACAGAGACCCAGGACCUCGCAGGGAUCGAGUGGGCCCCAAACGGCUGUGUGCUGGCAGUGUGGGACACCUGCCUGGAGUACAAGGUCCUGCUCUACUCCUUGGACGGCCGUCUCUUGUCCGCGUACUGUGCCUACGAGUGGUCCCUGGGCGUCAAGUCUGUGGCCUGGAGCCCCAGCAGUCAGUUCCUGGCCAUCGGAAGCUAUGACGGGAAGGUGCGCAUCCUUAAUCACGUGACUUGGAAAAUGAUCACAGAGUUCGGGCACCCAGCCACCAUUAACAAUCCCAAAAUAGUUGUGUACAAGGAAGCCGAGAAGACUCCGCGGCUGGCGCCGGGCCGCCUGGCCUUCCCCCCGCCCAGAGCAGCGGCCGGCGUGGCCUCCCCCGCGGAGACCAAGUAUGAGAUCGCCUCCGUGCCAGUCUCCUUACAGACCCUGAAGCCUGUUGCCGACAGAGCGAACCCGAAAAUCGGCAUCGGAGCGCUGGCCUUCAGCCCGGACAGCUACUUCCUGGCCACGAGAAGCGACAGUGUCCCGAACGCCGUCUGGAUCUGGGACAUUCAGAAGCUGAGGCUCUUCGUGGUGCUGGAGCAGCUGUCCCCCGUGCGCUCCUUCCAGUGGGACCCGCAGCAGCCCCGGCUGGCCAUCUGCACGGGAGGCGGCAAGGUGUACCUGUGGUCGCCAGCGGGCUGCGUGUCCGUGCAGGUGCCCGGGGAAGGUGACUUUCAGGUGCUUUCUCUGUGCUGGCAUUUAAACGGGGACUCACUGGCCCUCCUCAGUAAGGACCACUUCUGCCUGUGUUUCCUGGAAACCGAGGACAGGGUUGGCACGGCCUUUGGACGGCCAGGUGACCACACGUAGGACCUGCGAGUGCCCAGGCCCGGCCGAGACGAGAGAACACCGCGGCACGUGGCAGCUACGGGGGAAGGUGCGGGGCUUCUGGGGGGCGGGGGGUGUUCCCCAACAGUGGCCCAGAUGAAAUGACCGGCUUUUAUUUUUGUAUAGCAUUCCUGUAAAUAUGUAUGGUAUGAAACUAAUUUUUAUUUAAAAUAAACAUUUGCUAACUCA